AUGGCUAAAACACAAACUCCAUUUCCCGUUCUCAUGAUUUCCCUCUGUUUUCUGUUGCUACUAAACAACGUGAAAUCAGAUUCAUUUUCGUUCAGCUUCUCCAAUUUCGGAACGGGACCAAAUUUCGACAUUGGUUUCCUCGGGGAUGCUCGUCCAUCAGAUGGUGUAAUACAAUUGACAAGAAGAGACAGGAGAGCAUACGGCACUCCCAUCAUUCGCAAACACAGUGUUGGUCGUGCUGUUUAUGUUCCACCCGUGCGUCUCUGGGACAAAACCAGCGGGAAACUUGCAGACUUCGAAACAGUGUUCUCCUUUGUGGUUGAUUCCGCUGGUUCACAAAUCCACGCUGAUGGCUUAUCAUUCUUCAUCAUACCCUUUGAUGCAGACCCCAGCAUUCCCAAGAAUUCAUCUGGUGGAUACCUCGGACUCUUCAGUCCCGAAACUGCUUUCAAAGGCAACAAAAAUCAAAUUGUGGCUGUUGAGUUUGACAGCUUCGGAAAUGAUUGGGAUCCCAAGCCCGUGCCCGUUGCUCCUCACAUUGGUCUUGACAUCAACACUCUUGAGUCGGUGAAAACGGUAGAUUGGCCUGUUAAUUCAGUUCCUGAAGGUUCAGUUGGAAAAGCUAGGAUUAGCUACAAUUCGCAGGGUAAAGAAUUGAGUGUGGUCGUUGCCUAUGGUACUCAACCCGCCACUGUUGUUGGCUUCAUACAAACAAUCGAUUUGAGGGAUGUUCUGCCGGAAUGGGUUAGAAUUGGGUUCUCUGGUGCCACUGGUGAUAGCGUUGAGACCCAUGACAUUCUGUCGUGGAGUUUCGGUUCAAUAAUCUAA